AUGCUUCCCAGGGUUUGGCAGCAUGCCGGGGCGUUAUCCCGGCACGGCCGGCCAGCCUAUUUUCCAAGCGAGGAAAUAUUUAACCGUGGCGUCAGCAGGCAGGGCAGGCGCGCAGGCAUGGAGGGUGACGGGCAGCACCCGGCCCCCGCUGCCCUCCAGGGCGAGCACCUGCAGCUCCUGCUACGUCGCAGCAGGGAGGCCAAAAACUGCGCCUAUUGCCCCUCCAGCCGCUUCCCGGUGGGCGCCGCGCUGCUCACCGCCAGCGGGGAGAUCUUCUCCGGAUGCAACGUGGAGAACGCCUGCUACACCCUGGGGGUGUGCGCCGAGCGCACUGCUAUCCAGAAAGCCAUCUCCGAGGGGCACACCAGCUUCAGGGCCAUGGCCAUCACCAGUGACAUGGGGGACCACUUCAUUGUGCCCUGCGGUGCCUGCAGACAAGUGAUGAGAGAGUUUGGCACAGACUGGGACAUCUACCUGACCAAAGCGGAUGGCACCUAUAUCGUCAAGAGGCUGGAGGAGCUGCUGCCGCUCUCAUUCGGCCCUGAGGACCUGAAGAAGGUGUGAGCAGCAUGGCCGCUGCCAGCCUUUGCCCUUCAGCAGCAG